AACGAGCCGUGUGUUUGGUUUUUUUGUUGUUUAGUUUCCCUUAUAAACGUUUAAUAGUUUGGACCGAAAACGAAAGCUGUUAGUCAGUCUCGUCCGGCUGAUUUGGUUAGUUUAGUGUGAUCGUUAACCGGUUGAGAAGAAAAAUCUUCUUUGAUCACAAAAACUUAAAUACAAAAUCAUAAACGCACGUAAUACGGUGGAAUGUUUUGGUAAAUCGUUUUCUAAUUUUUUUGAUAGUCUUUCGUUAUUAUUAUAUUUUGUAUCUGGCUGACUUGGGUUUUUCGUUGGUGUGUUUUUUUCGAUUGUUAUUAUUUAACACCGUUUUGUCGUGGCUUAAGAGUGUGCAUGACUGAUGCUGUGCUGUGUUUCCAUUCAAAUGUAAAUUAACUUGACUAAGAAGUGUCUAUUAUUAGCCACGGUCGCGGUCAGCCUAAAGAGAUUAAUCUUUUGAACAAAAAUUAAAAUUAAGAAAAAAACAUUUUGUUUUGUUGGAAAUUAUCAUAAUUUAAAUAUUAUUGGGGAUUAAGAGGAAAGAAAUUAAAAAAAAUAGAUAUAUAAAAAUGUUGCUUAGUGUGGUUUUCACCUGCUGGGCUAUUUAAAAUAUAAUAAACCAGCAUCCAGCUAAAACAUCUCUGGGACAGCAGAAAACUUAAAGAGACAAUUUACCGCCAAUCAAAGAAGCCACGGUUUUCAACUUUGAUUUUGCAUUAAGAGGCCCAUUUAAAUAUUACAAAAACCUUAACACAAUUGAUAACAGAAACAAAAAAACUCUUGACUUGCAACUGCAACAACAAACAAAGUUUGCAACACACCAAGAAUUAAAAAAAGAAGUGUUAAAUAUUGCAUUUGCGCAUGCGCAACAAACGUUAUUAUACGAUCGUUUAUGUAUUUUUGAAUAAUGAUGGCACAAUCGCAUUCAAGCAGUCAUUCAUUCUUCUUCGGUCAUGGUGAAUUGAAUAUUUGAAUACAUAGCAGUGGUUUAGCCAAAUGGCCAGCCAGCUACACUUUGAGUGUAAAUGAAAAAUGAAGGUGUUGUUGAUUGUUGCUGCAGUCAAAGGAUGCUAAAAGAUGCUUUUCAACGCCAGCAAGCUCGUUUAGCUGAUGAAUAAUGAUCAUGAUCGCAAUGUGGCCGCAUAUGAAGAAUGAUCUUAAUCAUGACUAAGUUUCUUGCUGCUGUUCUCGAUCAUGAUGAUGAUGAUGGUGAUAUAUGCAAAUUCCCAAUAGGCAUUGUGUUCUUAAGAGACUCUUAAAAUCAAAGUGUUGUCAAGUGUCCAAAGUUUGACUCUGAGUGCUAGUGUGUGUUCUCAGUGUGUUAUAAUUUCCAUAACAACUUAAUUCAUUACCAGCAUCCAAAGCCCCGAAUACAAAAACCAAACCAAAAAAAAAUUAAAUAAAAAUAAAUAAAGAAAAAUACAAAAUCGUUUGGAACACCAUGCAGAGCAGGCCUUAAUGAAACGUUAAAUAAAUGUGUGAAAAAAUAAUAACACAAAAAGAAAUAUAUAAAAAAAACGUAACAAAAAUCUUUUGAAUAAGCGAAAAGUGCGUGUUAAGCCAAAAAAUAAAUAAAAAAACCUCCGAAUCAAAACAAAAUUUAUCAAGUGAAUUAAAAAGUAAAAAAAAAAAAUAUUGUAAACCAUAAAUCAAUAAAUCCCGCCACUUAUAUAACGAACCGUUUAUUUAAUUCAAAAUAAAUAAAUUGAAAUUUCAAUGAAAUUUUAUCAAGUGUCAAAAUCGAAAUUAUUGUCGUCGUCGAUCAGCAUAAUAUGAGAAAACGACGCACGAGUACUGUCAAGACAUGUGGUAUAAACGUAAUAAGCUCUUGAUAUUUUUGCUUUGGAUAAUGAAAAUAAGAUUAGUAUCCAGUUUUACAUCAUCACUUCUAUGUGCCCGUAUACCUGGCUUAACGCCCCAGCAAAGACAACUUUGCACUGAAUCUCCAGAUGCUUUGAUUGCCUUGGGCGAGGGUCAUCAAUUAGGCGCACAAGAAUGUCAAUAUCAAUUCAGAGGUCAUCGCUGGAAUUGUACACAAGUGUGGAAGAAGGAUGUAUUUGGGCAUGUCAUGUUUGUGGGAUCUCGAGAAGCUGCCUUCACCUAUGCGAUAGCAAGUGCGGGAGCAGCUCAUGCAGUAACAGCAGCUUGUGCCAGAGGUAAUAUUUCGCUGUGUGGUUGUGAUGUUCGCCACAAGCCCACUUCGCGCAAAGGUUCACAGGCAGGUUUCGACAGUGCACCGGGUGAGGCUCAACAGCCAUGGAAAUGGGGCGGAUGUUCGGCUGACAUUGAAUUUGGCAUGAAAUUUGCACGUAAAUUUCUGGAUGCCCGCGAAAUUGAGGGAGAUGCUAGAAGUUUAAUGAAUUUACACAAUAACCGAGCAGGAAGAAGGCUGGUUAAAAAUCUUUUGAAAACCGAUUGUAAAUGUCAUGGUGUCUCGGGGUCUUGUGUUAUGAAGACCUGCUGGAAAAGUUUACCCUCAUUUCGUGUAGUGGGCGAUGUUUUAAUGAAGAAAUACACUAAAGCCAAAAUUGUUCAAGCCGCCAAAGGCAAAAAUGGACUGAAAUUAGUUUUAAGCAAAAAAAAUCGUGCCGGCAAGGUUAUGAAUUUUCCCAAACGCAUGGAUUUGGUUUAUCUGCAAACGUCACCCAAUUAUUGCGAGCGUAAUGUGCAGGAAGGUGUACAGGGUACUCAGGGUCGUGUUUGUAAUCGCACCUUGCAUGGACCUCAAAGCUGUGAUUUACUCUGUUGUGGGCGUGGCUACAAUACACACUCAAUACGACGCACCACCCAGUGUCGUUGUCAAUUCAAAUGGUGCUGUCAAGUACAAUGUGAUGUCUGUGAAGAGAAUUACGAAGAAUUCACUUGUAAAUAAAACUUUAUCAAUCUCACACAAAAUUAUAUUCAAAUUUAUUAAAUUUUGGUUGUAAUUAUACAUACGUACUUACAUUAUAUUAUUUUAUUUUAUUAUCUUUAUUAUUACGAUUAUAUUUUAUUAUUAGAUGUACGAUUUUUUUUCUAAAUGAAGCUAUUGUUGUUUAUAAGUUCGAUGUGUAGUUUAAUGAAAUUUUAACUUAUUUUCUUUUAUAAUUAGUUUUGUAUUAGGUUUUGCAACAGAAAAAGUAGAUAAUAAAGAAUAAUUAAUACGAAUGUAAAAAAUUAAAAAUAAAAAAAUCGAUCACACAAACGAUAUUUAAUAAAGAACAAACGAAAAAUCAUGAAAUUGAAA